UUUACCUUUCAGUCCCUCAGCGCCUGACUACGCAUCUGCUUCGACUUGUAUCUGGGCUAUCUUCCGCAUUCUCACCCUUGCGCUUCCGACAACCUGCAGGGUAUCGCGAUGAAUGGGCAUAGCCCAUCGACAUUUGCGAGCCUCGCGGAGGCCUCUAAUACAAGCCGUUCACCGAAAGAAGACGAAUCAGACCUGAUGUCCAAUUGCACAACUGAUGUCUUCCAGAUUUCGCCAACGGCUGCGCUGGAACUACUAUGCGCAGGCAUUGAAAUGCUUGUGAGGUCGACCGCAGAAGAGGCGAGCCAUUGUCAAGGAGCUACCGUUCCUGUUCCCGAACUCCGGACCCAAGGUGACAGUAUAUCCAGCGGGGAAUCUACACCGAUAAGGGUCACUGGACUACAAUGUUCAUCGGCGAGCUAUGAUGAAGUGGGCCGCCAUCUGAAACAACAGAGUGUACUCUCUAAGAGGUUUCUUUCAAGACGCGUGCCUCCAAUCACGCUCGAAAACUAUCUGCUGCGUGUGCAUCAGUUCUGCCCCAUGUCCACAGGGGUCUACCUUGCGGCAAGCAUCUACAUUAUGAGGAUGGCGACUGCCGAACGGGUGAUAGUGGUUAGCCGAAGAAAUAUGCAUCGCCUGGUGCUUGCUGGGCUCCGGGUGGCGAUGAAAACAUUGGAGGAUCUCAGCUAUUCCCAUAGCCGGGUCGCCAAAGUUGGCGGUGUGACUGAGCACGAACUGUCGAAACUCGAGAUCAGCUUUUGUUUCCUGGCGGAUUUCGAAUUACGAGUCGAUGCAAAGAUGUUAGCCGAUCAAGUAAGACUACUCCAAGGGAUAGGUCCUUGUGAGAACCCCCCUCGUUGAAGCCUUGACAUGAAUUGUCAUGUCAAGACGAUGUCGCCAAUUCGACUCCACAUUUGGCGGCUGGUUUUGAGAGUCCAACGCUUGUCUUGGGAUGGCCUUGUAGUUCUUGAAUAGGUUGGAGAGCUACUCUGCAAGGUGGUCGGGCCUAUUGGGCAGAUUGCGG